GGUUGCUACGAGACGAGCAAUAUAAUUCUCAGCAGAGCAUCCUGCCCCCUGUUGGUUUACCACCACCACCACCACCGGUGCGCUGUGCGCUGCGGUGCUGUGAUACUUGCAAAACCUUUCUCCGGUCUACAAAGACCUCAGCUUUCCUACCUCCACUUCUUUCAUCCACAAAGCCGCCUCCUUUUUCCUCUCGUUCGUCUCCCCUCCCUUCUUUUCUCCCCACUCGAAUCCUGUCUCCGCAUUCCUCUUCUUCUUGCACCGCGGCACGCCUUUGCUGCCCCGGAUUCGGUUCAGGGUUUGGAAAUGGCAAUAGACGAUGAAUCGCCGCUCAGAGUCAAUACCAGAGCCGGCGCCAUGGGAGGAGGGGAGUGCGGCGGGGCGGAGAACCAGCGGUGGCCGCCGUGGCUGAAGCCGCUGCUGGCGACGAGCUUCUUCGGUCAAUGCAAGCUGCACGCGGACUCGCACAAGAGCGAGUGCAACAUGUACUGCCUCGACUGCAUGAACGGCGCGCUCUGCUCCCAGUGCCUCGCCUACCACCGCAACCACCACGCCAUCCAGAUACGGAGGUCGUCCUACCAUGACGUGAUCCGGGUGUCGGAGAUACAGAAGGUGCUGGACAUCACCGGCGUGCAGACGUACAUCAUCAACAGCGCGCGCGUCGUGUUCCUCAACGAGCGCCCCCAGCCGAGGCCCGGCAAGGGCGUCACCAACACCUGCGAGGUCUGCGAGCGCAGCCUCCUCGACACCUUCCGCUUCUGCUCCCUCGGCUGCAAGAUCGUCGGCACCUCCGGCGACUACCGCGGCCGGAAGAGGCACGCCGGCGGAAGCAAGAAGAAGAAGCUGCAGAAGGGCGUGGCUGCGGUGCCGUCGGACUCGGAGGACUCCUCCACGACCACCAGCGGCGGGAGCGACAAGAGCAGCGUGGUGCAGAGCUUCACCCCGUCCACACCUCCGGCGACCGCCAACAGCUACCGCACCGGCAAGCGGCGCAAGGGCGUCCCUCACCGGUCACCGUUCGGCAGCCUCCUGGUGGAGUUCUAGAGCAGAGCAGAGAGCAAUGCCGGACUUCGCCGAAGCAGCGGUACACUGUAGCAUACACAUCCAUAUCUAUCUCUAUAGUUACACUAGUAUACAUAGCCAGCCAAAGGAGCUUAGCAAUAACAAGGGGCCCCAUUGCACCCCUGUGCUUCUGGAUGAGGAGGCCGGUGCAAAUGCAAUGCGGGACAGUUACUUCAUAGUUACAGUUACUGUGCUAGUAACAGCGGUUUGGGUUUGGGUUUAUCUCUCUUGGAGCGAGAGGAGAGGAGGUAGUAGUUACUCCAUGUCAUAAUUACUAAGUUUUGCAACUUUCCUUAUAUAGGUCCUUACUCUUUUAGUUACUCGUGUUUGAUAUGCUAGAUGUACAUAUAUGUAUAUCACAGAUGGGGUGGAAUGGUAGUAGGAGAUGGUGCUCCAGUGUUCAUAUUCAUGCUUGCCUGUAAUAAAAAAAGAUGAGAAUGCUGCUCCUGAUGGCCUUCAAUGUCA